AUGCUUCGCGUAGAGGCUGAGGCGUGUCAAUUUGGAGGGCAGUGCGCAGACAUGUAUUGCCACGAGCUGAAUAUCACGGGUGCGUGGGUGGAGGCGAAGGGAACCGAAGGUCUCCGUUUCCAAGCUGAGGGUGCGCGCGACGAGCAUCCGCAGUGGUUACAGUCUGGGGUCAUUGAACUCAAAGUAUUCCAUGGGUGCAUUGAGCAGGGCGCCUUGUACUUGAACUUUCACGUCAAGCACCUUGGGCGCGGUGGGUUUGCCGUCGGAGGGUUGCUAGGAGAGGAUGAACACACCGAGGCAUCGAUGCCUUCGAAGGCAUGUGCUCACCGCACUGUCCUUUAG